UGUCUUUUCACGACAUCGCAUUUUUCGACGGUAACGUACAUCGUGGAUGCUUAUUUCAAGCACCUAGAAGGUUGUCAGAGAAAUGCCAUCAAGCAGAGAGCAUGAAGAUGCGCCAUCGGCGGAAGCUUCGGUAGUGCCCAACAUUGGCAGCACUAGGCUCCACCUGAUCAUUCUGGGUCUAUGGCUCUGCCUAUUUGUCUCUGCGAUGGACACUACCAUCAUUACGACUGCUUUAUUUCGAAUUUCUAGCGAGUUCUACGCACUUGAUCGAGGACCAUGGCUAGUCACUGCGUACCUACUUGCCUACAAUUCGUUUUUGAUGAUCACGGCGAAACUCAGCGACAUCUGGGGUCUACGCACGAUCCUGCUCGCAUUUAAUGGCUUCUUCCUGGUCUUUUCAAUGGCGUGUAGUGCAGCCCAAACCAUGAAUCAACUUAUUGUUUUCCGCGCGCUGCAAGGCAUUGGUGGUUCCGCACUCUACUCACUCGUCUUCGUAACUAUCAUGAAACUGAUCGUCCCGGACAAAAUAGCCUUUUACUCGGGCGUCAUCAGUUCUGUUUUUGCUUUAGCGAACCUCUCUGGACCCCUCAUUGGAGGAGCAAUCAGUGACCAUACAAACUGGAGAUGGAUAUUCUGGCUCAAUGGAUUAGUGAUACCGAUUUCCAUGGCUAUCCUGCUCUCCAGCAUGCCUGGUAUUAACGACAACAAGUCCACCAAAGAACGCCUCCGAGGUUUUGAUAUCAUCGGAGGCGUACUCUCUGUCUGCUGGCCUGUCCCUCUUCUGUUCGCCCUACAAGAGGCUGGCGUGUCCUAUGAUUGGAAUAGUGGAGUUAUCAUCGGCACACUUGUCACAGCCUUCGUGUUGCUCACCUUCUUCAUCGCUUACGAGUCUUGGGCGUCUUACAAGACCAAGAUUGAUGUGAUCUUCCCAGCCCGAUUUGUCGCCAACCCAGCAGCAGCCUUGCUUCUCUUCAGUAUGUUUCUGCUGGGCAUGCCAUUCAUGUCCAUGUUCAUUCAACUACCGCAGCGAUUUCAAGGGGUGAACUUCGUGAGCGCAGAGCGUGCUGGUAUUCUACUCUUACCGGUUUCGCUAAUGACUCCUGUUGGCGCCAUGCUUGGGGGUUUGCUGAACAAGAAGUUUCCAGCAGAGUGUGUUUUGUUGCUCGGUACUGCAGUCAUCGGCAUAGGCACAGGACUGCUGAGCAGCUUGCCCAUCGAUAAUGGUAUCGCAGACGCAACGUAUGGGUACGAGAUUAUUACGGGCGCCGGACUUGGUCUCGCAAGCACUCCGUACUACAUUAUGUUGUAUACCAGUGUUGAAGAGAAAGAUGUGCCCAUAGGAACUGGUAUAUUAAAUAUGCUACGAACGCUAGGCGGUGCCGUAGCCGUUGCUAUUUGCUCUGCGCUGCACAACUCAGUGUUGCAUGAAGACCUUUCAGCAUUCCUCAACGCAGAACAAAUAGCUGGUGUCAAAGCCUCAGGAACUUUCAUUGCUCGACUGCCCGAGGCAACUCGCAUCCAGUUGGGUAGAGUCUUCGGAAGGAGUUAUAAUAAGCAGUUCAAAGUCAUACUUGCUUUUGCGUUGCUGAACUUCUUGGUCGCGAUUGCACUGGCAGUAGCUAGGAAGAAAAAGGGCAUCUUCGGGAAGAUGCCUAUACGGACUCUGGAGAACGAAUUCACCAAAAUCGAUCGUAAACAUGAGGGCGAGAAGGAGCAAGCAGUGACGGCUAGAGCAAAUGAAACUACAGAAAGGAUCGAAGGUACCACACAUUAGCGAAGUUGUAAUGGAAGGUAAUUUCUUGGGCCGAGGAAGGAUUUAGCAUUGAAAGCCAUCUAUUGAUCUUGUACACUUAAGUUGGCCCUUCGUCAAUUGCCCAGGUGCGCUCUGCGCCCCUUGAGAUUCCAAGGUUUUCUCACACAGAGAACUUCCACAGCUCCAAACGUUUACCAAGACAGCACAAAGAACUGUCAUACUUUCAAAUCACCCGGCAUUAACAUGGAGCGUGCUCAGCACCUUCCUUUUACAGUCUCCGGUGCCCCACCUCUGCUUUAAACCACCAACUUUAUUUCCGAGUUGCUUUAUCACGAACCACAUUCGCACCAAAGGACGUCCAGCUGGAGUACCCACCCAUGUGCGCCACUCCGCACGCGACCGAGGAUGCCGAAGCUUAGCGCGGUCAUCUUCCCCAGUCAUUGGCCCUCCAUCCUUGCUUCCCCGCACCAAGCCAUCAUAAGCCUCUCCAAGUCUGGGCAACCGU